AUGCCCUACUCAGAGAGCGCGCAGGCCGCGCUGGUGCAAUGGGCGAAUACGUUUCCCCUCGACAAGAAGGCUGAGUCAAUAGUAGACUUCCUUGACGGCCAUCUCCUUUCCCAGGUUCUCCAGGACCUCGACCCCUCCUUCGACCAGAACACCAGCGAAGGCACGCUCUACGAUGUCUACAAGGGUAUCAACAGGCUGGUCUAUCGCGAGUGCCCAGGUCUUUCCGCUAAGGUCAAGGCCGCCGACAUUCGUCCUAGGUCUAGGGAAGCGCAGCCGGAGGCCAUCUCCCAGGUAGGCACCAUGUCGCAACCCCAGCUGUCCAAUAGAUUCGUUUUGCUCACCCAAAGGUUUUCAAAGCUCCUUGCCGUGCUCUUUGCUAUCGCGAUGCUAGGCAGUAACAAUGAGCGAUACGUUAUUCGCAUCACCACAGACAUCUCGGAUAAGUCGGUUCUCUUCCAGUUGCAGCGGAUUACCCAGGAUAUGAGGACGGCGAUAGAUGAGGCCGAUGCGGCGGAUUUGGACGAGACUUCCGACGUUGCUCACGAAAGCCACGAUGUCGAUCUUGCUAUGGAGGCUGACAAUAUCCGUCUUCGUUCUGAACUGGACAAAAAGGGGAAGCUGCUCGCGGAUAUGGAGACUCGCUUGGGUCAUCUGCAGGAAAGCUAUGACGACCUGAAGGACGAGGUUGUUGCAAAGGGCAGAGAACUGGAGGCAUUCCACAGUGCUCAGGAUGGCGCUGGAAAGGAGGUCAUCAGGUCACUGGAGUUGAAACUUCGGGAGCAGGACGAGCUCAUCGCCAACCAAGAGGCGCAGGCCGAAGAUGAUCGCAUUGCCAAGGAGCGACUGGCAAGCGAGGUCUCCGCGCUCAAAGCCAAGACUCAGAAGCUGGAGGCCCUUGAUGACGAGGUCAAAGAGCUGCGGUUCAAGAAUGAGGAACUCUCUCGCAAGGCCAACAUGGUGGAGCGGUAUAAGCAGAAGCUCGAGGCUCAGUCCACGCUGUCGAAGGAGAUGGACAACUUGCUUUAUGAAAAGGAGCAGAUGCAGCGCGAUCUCAUUGAGUAUGAGAAGGUUCUUAAGAGAAACCAGGCAUUGGAGCAAACCAACGAGCAGUACGCUUCUAAGCUCAGAGACUACGAGCUGCAGUACGUCGAACUGGAUACCCAGCGCAGGGCUCUUCACGAUGAUACUAUGCAACUGAGAGCCCGCCUGGCAUCUCUCGACGCACAACGUCUUUCCGAUGAACGACUUAUUGCUGAGCUACAAGAGCAGAUUAACUCAGGCACGGGCCAGUCAGCCAUGUCCCCUGAUGCCGCCUCUGCGGGCUUCAGCCUCGAGCAGGAGCUCGACAGCGCUGGCAGCAGUGCCCCACCUAACCUUAGCCUAGAGGUCUCGCGUCUCAAGGCCGAGAACAACUUACUCCGGAACGGUAUGGGCUUCGCGUCAGAGAACGCUAGACUACGACAAGACCUCGAGGAUGAACGACGACAGCGAGAGCGUCUUCAGGGUACUUAUAAUGACACCUUCGAGAAGCACCAGCUUGCGGAAGCUCAAGUCAGUGCCUUGAUAGGCAGUGGCGGCGAAAACGAAGUACUUGCCAAUUUGAAAAUCCAAGUCGCCCAGAUGACCCACGAGCUACAGGCUGAAAAGCGCAAGUUGAGCGAGGUUCAAGCUCAACUUGCCGACAAGGACCGUGAACUGCUUAGCGCAAGAACGGAUCUUUCAGCUGUUGCAAAGGACAGCGUUAAUGCCCUGGAGGAACUCAAGUCUACCGACCAGCUCAUCUCGGGAUCGAUUCGAGAGGAGCUUGAGGCUGCUCGCCAACAAAUCAAAAACCUGAGUACUGACCUGGAGAACCGACAAAGCUCACUUAUUAGCGCCUUGCUCGAGAAGGAUAAGCUUCGGAAGGAGCUGGACGAUGCCAAGGAGGGACGGCAAGACUCCGGAGAGCCUGCUGAGGCUGUCCAGAAGCUCCAGGAUAAGGUCGAGAAGCUUCGUGUGCGACUCAAAGAACGUCAAUCGGUGAGUGAUUUCAAGCCUCCUCCUAUACAUAAAAUCGAGGUCGGUGGUCUCCAGCUGCCGGCAUUGCCGCGGCUAGCUGUCUUGUAUGACAGCAACCCCGAUUUCCGGCCCCUAGCUCCCUCUUAUCACCAUAAGUUUGUGGAAGCCCGUCCACUGCAAAAGAGGAUUUCUCAGGAAAAGGGAUGGAUCAGGACUGUGACAAGCAAGAUAUUUGGGCGGCAAAAGUCACCACCGCGCUCCCCCUCUCCAUCACUUUCAUUUUUGCGUCGUCUCAGAUUGGAUUCUGCGACGUGA